AUGUGCAAGAGGAAGCCCAAAGAGAAGGUGCUUGCUUUGUAUUUUGAAGCUUUAAAUUUCUUAUUUAUGCCUUAAAAUUUAUUCUAAAAUAGUUUUUAAUUUUUAAAAAUUUACAUUAUUUUUGAAGUUUUUUUAAAUUUCAGCUAAUACAAAGAUUUUUCAAUAGUUUUAACCAAUUUGUAUAGUGUUAUGUUUAGCCUAUACCGGAACUAACAUCUCAAAACAUUCAUGAAGUACUACCACUACUGUAUGAAGCUAAAGUAGUACCAGUAGAGAAGCGGCACAUCUACGAUGUCUUCUACACUCCCAAAAUUGAAGCUACAGAGUUCAAGGCUACUCCCAUUAUCAUGUUUUUGGGUCAAGUGAGUUGACUUUGGGUCGUAUUUUUGUUCUCAUCGAUUAUGAUGUUGAUAACUAUCAUAAUACUCUUUAGUAGCUAUAGUAAAAAGCAAAAUAUAGUAGAUAUUUGAAGCCUUACUUACACUAUUAUUGAUAUUACUAUACUUUUAGUCUAAGGUUAUGAUAACUAUCAUAAUACCUUCUUAGAGCUAUACGAGCAAGCUAUAUAUAGCCAUUAUUCAAAGCCCUACUUACACUAUUUAUGAUAUUACCGUACUUUUAGUAUUCUGUUGGCAAAACGUCGAUGAUCAAGUAUUUUGUGGGCAGCGAAUACCCAGGCUCAAUGAUCGGACCCGAACCGACUACUGACUGUUUUACUGCGAUAUUCUACAGUGAUAAUCCUCACGAAGAGAUGGGUCCUUCAUUGAUUGCCAAUCCUACCCUACCUUUUGGUGUGAGUUUAUUUUUUAUUACUGUAACUUAGCCAGAUAUUAUUUUUUAAAUUUUCUUACCGUAUUUUAAUUAAAUUUAAAAAAUUUUAAACUAAGUUUUCAAAAUUAAAACCUAAAUUUAGGCUUUGCAAAAAUUUGGCGGAGCCUUUGAGAACCGCCUUCGCGGAGCGGCGGUGGAUUCGAAGAUUCUGAAGCACAUGACAUUCAUCGACACACCUGGUAUUCUGGCUGGUGAUAAGCAGGUCAAAUCGAGAAAUUAA